CAGGACUCUCCUGACGCAUCAUCUCUCGGGCAGCGAUUCUACAAGCGACAUGUGUAUCCAAGAACAAAAGCGAGUGGCUGAGCCUCCGAGGAACUAUGGGACGGGCUGUCACGGACAUGUCACGCCACACGUGCUGGGUCACUCCGGUCACUACCGUUCUGAAGCUCUACCAUGUUCCGGCGGGCAUUGUCCAACGUCGCUCGUUCGGUGCCCUCUCGCGCAUUCGCCAACUCUGCAGCAUCUGUCCCUACUGAAAUACCUACGUCGACCAGCACACCCACCACCCUUCAAGCGCCCAACGCUCCCGCGAUAUGGUCCACCAACCAACAGCCUCGGACUGAUGCUAUGAGUGGUCCACGUUUCGAGCAGACGGCCAUGGAACUCCAGCCUAAUUCUCUGUCUGCAAUGCAACUCAUCAGCGAAGUGUCGGUAAACAUGGUGCAUGGGCGCAAGGCGGUCUGCGAUGGUGGAGGAGGCCCAUUGGGUCACCCUAAGAUCUACCUCAACCUUGACUUGCCUGGCGCGCGGUCAUGUGGAUAUUGCGGCCUUCGUUUUGAGCAGGUGCAUGACCACCACUAG